AUGGCUUUACUAAUACAUGUUGAUGAUGUUAUAAAUGCUUCUGAUAGUAUUGAGCACAUAGCUACUGUAAAGAAAUUCCUACAUGAUUCCUUUAUCAUCAAAGACCUAGGUGAGUUGAAAUAUUUAUUGGGUAUUGAAGUGGCUAGAUCAGCCAAGGGCAUUACUUUAUGUCAAAGAAAGUAUGUCUCGACAUUCUACAAGACAGUGGCUUCUCUGGUUGCAAACCAGUGGCUUUUCCUAUGGAGCCAGCUCACUACAAAUGAUUCUUCUCCACCUUUAUUUGAUCCCACAUCUUACAGAAGGCUUGUUGGCAGACUACUCUACCUCACAAUCACAAGACCCGAUCUGGCUUAUUCAGUACAAGCACUUAGUCAGUUUAUGUCUAAUCCUAGCACCAUGCAUCUUCAAGCUAUUGAAAGAGUUCUUCAAUACAUAAAGGCUACACCAAGCCAAGGAAUUUUUCUAGCUGUAGCAUCUUCCUUGCACCUAAGGGCUUACUCAGACAAUGAUUGGGGGGGUUGUCUUGACACUAAAAGAAGUGUCACUGGAUUUACAAUUUUCAUAGGAGACUCUCUUAUAUCUUGGAAGUUAAAGAAGCAACCUACUAUUAGUAGAUCAUCUACAAAAUCUGAAUAUAGAGCCCUAGCUUCUACAACUUGUGAACUUCAAUAG